AUGUGGCGGCAGAUAGCCGGACAGCCAUCUGAUGCGCUGACAAGGCCAGACGACGAUGAAGAGGAAGAACCUUUGGCUUCCCACUUCAACACCAAUAACUUCGGCAACUUCUUAGAUGUGGAGAAGGACAAGCUGACGGUCCGCUACACUGGACAAGGCGCGCACAACAACGACGUAGGAGCCAUACAGGGCAAUCGACCAGUGCCGCGGAAGCGCAGAGUGUACUAUUAUGAGGUCACAGUGCUAGAUGCCGGCGAGAAGGGUCUCAUUGGCGUCGGCUUUGCAGACAAAAACUUCAAGAUGGGCAAGCAGCCUGGGUGGGAGCCACACAGCUACGGCUAUCAUGGCGAUGAUGGCAAGAAGUUCCAUCAGAACGGGCAGGGCGAGGAGUACGGGCCGCAGUUCACACUCGGCGAUGUCAUUGGCGCUGGCAUUCACAUCCAGAGACAGGAGAUCUUCUUCACGAAGAAUGGGAAGCACUUAGGAGUAGCCUUCAGGGGCCUCCCACAGCUGCCGCUGUACCCCACAGCAGGCCUGCACAGCCCUGGAGAGUGCAUAGCUGUCAAUUUUGGCGCCUCUCCAUUUGCCUUCAACCUGGAGGCCAUGCUACAGGAGGAGAGGGAACAGGAGGAAGCAGCCUCAUGGGUUUUGCACUGCGCGUGCAGCAUAUCGAUACCUGCGGGGGUGACGCAUCGGCUGGUGCGCGAGUACCUGCUGCACUACGGCUAUGCCGACACGCUGCGUGCCUUCGACACCGCGGCCGGCACCACCGAGGACGCACCGCAGCUAGGCACCUCUAGGCGGUCACCAUUUCGCAGUUGGAGCGAGCGGGACGCGCCGGCCGUGGCCACGAUGGCUCCGCGGCAGGCCAUAAGGCAGCGAAUGAUGGCGGGGGAUGUGGAGGGAGUUAACGCGCUGCUCAUGGAGCAUUUCCCCGAGCUCGUCGUGUCCAAGGGCGGCAAGCGGCCGGACUUAGACGUGUACUUCUACGUCAACUGCAUGCAGUUCAUCGAGCUCAUCAGGCAGGGCAAGAUAGAGGAGGCGGUGAUAUUCGCGCAGGCGUCGCUGUCGCCGAUGCGGGGGCUGCUCACGCACCGCAACCGAGCCUACGACGCCAUGCUGCACGAUGUAGUGGCCCUGCUAGCCUAUGAAGACCCCCUGGACUCUCCGCUGGCGGGCCUGAUGCACCUGGCGCAGCGAGAGGCGGCAGCAGAUGUAGUGAAUGCAGCCAUCCUCGUAUGUGGAUCGUCAAAGCCCGAAGAAGGCAAGAGGGAGGACAAAAAGCCUGCGGCGGUGGAGCGGCUGAUGCAGCAGCUGGUGACGGUGCAGAACGAGCUGCUGGCGGCCAACGGCGGCCUCGGCGAGCCAUUCCGGCUCUCGCAACACCUCGGCGGCCCCGCUCCCGGCCCAGCGUGCAAGCCGCCGGCGCAGCCGCACCCCAACGGCGUGGCACCCAUGGACCGGGACUGA